UUCCUUAGUUGCCUUUGAGCAUCUGCUCUAUUUCUCCAGACUAAUGCCAUGCAGAAGAGCUAAGUUAGAGGAAACAUGUGGAAGGAACAGAUGUGGCUUUUCUUACAAACUGUACUAUGGCUGACAGACCUUCUAGAAGCAAACUGUAAGAAUGGCAGCUUCACUAUCAAUAUCAUCAUGCUGAAUGACUCAAUGACAGAAUGGAAUAUGGAUUCAGUUCAAGCAGCAGUAUACACUGGCAUUCAUGUCGUGACCAAGGAUCUGGAGCGAGAGGGUAUUAAUGUGACUAUCAAGGCUGAUUUUCAAACAUUUAAUACUGACUUGUAUGCAAAUCCCGGAUGUGUAUCCAGUGGCUGUGAAGGCGUGGAGAAGCUCAAGAAUCUUCGUGAUACAAGAAAACUCGGCUGUGUUAUCCUCGGUCCAACAUGCACUUAUGCCACAUACCAAAUGCUUUCGUUAAAGAAUACCUUUGGUGUCCCCCUAAUCUCAGCUGGAAGCUUUGGGCUGUCCUGUGACUUCCACGGAUCUUUGGCCCGAAUCUUGUUGCCAGCAAGAAAGAUGGCUUAUUUUUUUAAAGAGUUCUGGCAAUUUGAAGGCAUUAUCAAACCAAAGAAAUGGCAAUCUGUAUAUAUUUAUAAAAAGGAUGGUAACACCGAGUCCUGCUUCUGGUAUAUUAAUGCUUUGGAUACUGGAGUGUCUUAUUUUAAUAACGCAUUAAACUUCAAAGAGAUCUUAAGGACAGAAGGUGAAUUACUGAAGGUGCUCCAAGAAAAUAACCCCAAAAGCAAUGUAAUUAUAAUGUGUGGGACCCCCAAUGACAUUAAGAACCUUCACAACAAAGUAGCAAUACCUCAAGAUAUGGUCCUUAUUCUGCUUGAUAUGUUUAACACUGUGUACUAUGAUAAUAAGUCGUCUCCUCGCUAUAUGCAGAAUGUCCUGGUGGUGACACAGCGUCCGUCCAAUAUGAGCAAAUUAUCUAACAAGACUGGAAUCGUUAAAAUUCUUGAGAAUGACUAUGCAGCAGGGUAUUUGGAUGGGGUCCUUCUCUUUGGCCAUAUCCUAAAGAAGUUUCUUGGAUCAACCAACAGCAAGGGACCUUUCACUUUCAUUGAUCAGUUUCGGAACAUAUCGAUAUUAGGGGCUUUAGGGCCACUUAUAUUGGAUGCGGCUGGUGAUCGAGAGCUAAAUUUGACCCUGCUCUACAGUUCAUCUGCUACUGAUAAUUAUACAGAACUUGUUCAGUUUGACACAAGGACCAACCAAACCACUGUGAUGGACACCAUCCCUAACUUUAUUUGGAAGAACCACCAACUUCCUAGUGACGUUCCUCAAAGUGGACCUAAUAUCCUGACUAUUGCUGUAUUCACUCUCACUGUAGUGGUCAUUCUUGUUCUCAUCAUUGGGCUUCUUGUAUUCAGAAGAUAUCGUCUAGAAAAUGAGCUCAGACAGAAGAAGUGGUCUCAUAUCUCAGCAGAGAAGAUUUUACCUCUCAAUAUGACAGAGACCUCUCAUGUCAGCUUAAAGAUUGAUGAUGAUAAGAGAAGAGACUCUGGGCCCAGAUUACAAAGAAGAAAAUAUGACAAAAAGGUUGUAAUACUCAAAGACUUGAAACAUGAUGGAAACUUCACAGAAAAACAGAAAAUGGAACUGAACAAGCUUUUACAAAUAGAUUACUACAACCUGACCAAGUUCUAUGGUACGGUGAAGUUGGAGAAUAUGAUAUACGCUGUGAUUGAGUACUGCGAUAAAGGAUCACUCAGAGAUGUUCUCAAUGAUAACAUCUCCUAUCCUGAUGGAACAUUUAUGGAUUGGGAAUUUAAAAUCUCUGUAAUGUAUGAUAUAGCAAAGGGUAUGUCUUAUUUGCAUGCCAGCAAGAGUGAAGUUCAUGGUCGCCUGAAAUCAACAAACUGUGUAGUAGAUGGCCGUAUGGUUGUAAAAAUCACUGACUUUGUUGGGAAAUCAAUACUCAAUCCUAAAAAAGACCUGUGGACCUCUCCAGAGCACCUACGUCAAGAAGGCCUCUCUCAAAAGGGAGAUGUUUACAGCUAUGGUGUGAUAGCACAAGAGAUCAUCCUAAGGAAAGAGACAUUCUACACUGAACAGUGUGAUGAUACAAAAGAAAAAAUAUCCAGAGUUCAGAAUUAUAAAGGAGCAUGUCCCUUCCGACCAGACCUAAACCUGGAUACAGCAAACGAAAAAGAGAUUGAGGUUUAUGUGCUGGUAAAGAUCUGUUGGGAGGAAGAUCCUGAGCGGAGACCAGACUUUAAGAAAAUCGAGAAUACUCUUUCGAAGAUAUUUAGUAACUUCCAUAGCCAAACCACUGAGAGUUACAUGGACACCCUCAUACGGCGACUUCAGCUCUACUCCAAAAAUCUGGAGCAUCUGGUAGAGGAGCGCACUCAGCUUUAUAAGGCUGAAAGAGACCGUGCUGAUCGCCUGAACUACUUGCUGCUGCCUGGCCCUGUGGUUAUGUCACUGAAAGAGACAGGCCGAGUAGAACCAGAGUUUUUUGAAGAGGUCACCAUUUACUUUAGCGACAUUGUGGGCUUUACUACCAUCUGCAAGUACAGUGCACCGAUGGAAGUUGUGGACAUGCUUAAUGAUAUGUACAAGAACUUUGACCAUAUUUUGGACCAUCAUGAUGUGUACAAGGUUGAAACAAUAGGGGAUGCCUAUAUGGUGGUGAGUGGCUUGCCAAAUCGAAAUGGGAACAACCAUGCAGUGGAUAUUUCAAGGAUGGCUUUAGAUAUCCUCUGCUUCAUGGGCUCUUUUGAGCUACGACACUUACCCGGUUUACCUGUCUGGAUAAGGAUCGGAAUUCACUCAGGGCCAUGCGCUGCUGGGGUCGUUGGAAUUAAAAUGCCAAGAUAUUGUCUGUUUGGGGAUACAGUGAACACUGCCUCACGAAUGGAAUCUACAGGCCUGCCUUUACGAAUACAUGUGAAUAAAUCAACAAUUUCCAUUCUGAAAAGGACAGACUGUGAAUUCCAGUAUGAAGUAAGAGGAGAGACCUACCUAAAGGGAAAAGGCACAGAGACUACCUACUGGCUGACUGGGGAGACAGAGCAAAAAUAUAACAUACCCACACCACCAUCUGUGGAAAACCAGCAGCGCCUGCAGUCUGAUUUUGCCGAGAUGAUAAUGGAAUCUCUGCAGAGGAGGGAAGCCGAUGGAUACAAAAACAGGAUACCAACGAGAGUGGCAAGUUACCGAAAUGGUACAUUGGAAUACCUCCAGCUAGCCACCAGUGACCAGUCCAGCACUUACUUCUAAACACGGCCAAGUUCCACAUCCAAAAACAUAAAUAUCUCGUAUCCCAAAAACAUAUUUGCUUGUGAAAACCACUGGACAAGGAACAGUUCUGUUUGGUCAGAUUCUACUCCUUCCUAUCCGAUAAGUAAAGAAAAUAAGAUUCUCAGAAAGAUACUUUUACAUAUGUAGACAUAGAAAGGUUUUGCUUUAUAUCUGUUUUGUAACUUAACAUUUUUACUUAAAAUGAUUUAAAAAAAAA